AUGUCCUGUGUCAGAACGAGCAGUAUGUGUGCGCUGCUCGUGCUGGUGAUCCUCUCAGUGGGAACCGAAGUGAUCGCACAAACCGAGUACAAUUUAACGUUCGAUAGUGCCCCAACCGUCGUUAACAUCAACUUAAAAACUCGUGAACUGCGUGUCACUUAUUCCAACCUGGUGGUGCAACAGAUCCGACUCAGCUCGAACCUAGAUCCGGCGGCUCAAUACACCGAAACGGCCACCGGAUUCACCCUCACAAACGUUGCAACCGAUGGUACAGUGUUGGAACUCGCGAAAGAAGUAGAUAACGCGAGUUAUUCACUACUUUCCGUGACACGAAAUGGAGUACCGCGUAACGUCACGAUCGUAGACUGUGUCAAUCUGCUCAGCACCAACUGGUACGGUGGACCGCAGCAAAAGCAUCAGUACUGGCCGGUGCAGAAGUUGCGCUUCAAUCGCUACAGUAUGCUGUCGAAGGAGGCGGACAAUAGUGCCGUUGGGGAUCGGUACUGGCUGAACGCUCUCGGUUCGUUUCUGUACGUGGAUCCAUGGGCACCGCUGUUUGUCGAUCAAAACUAUGGUCAGCCGGGCUUUAUGUGUUUGGAGAGUCGUGCAGUUUUGCCGUACGAUACGUACGAAGCCAGUUACGACGUGCAGUACACGAUCGGUGUUGGGGCUGAUGCUCGGGCGGCACACAUGGCUGCCGUUGGGCGCAUCUUGGGCAAACCUACAGGCCAUCCGGCCGAAUCGAUGGUAACGGAACCGAUCUGGUCAACGUGGGCCCGGUACAAGCGUGACAUAAAUGAUGAGAUUGUGCGCAAGUUUGCCAGUGAGAUCAUUUCCAACGGAUUCGGCGGUCAGUACGAGCUGGACGACGAUUGGGAGUGGUGCUAUGGGGCGCUCACGUUUAAUCGAACCAAGUUCCCGGACAUUCGCAGCACAAUCACUGCGAUCCGGCAGCUCGGUUUUGCAAGGACCACUCUGUGGAUUCAUCCGUUCAUUAACAAAGGUUGCGAGCCGUGGUAUUCUGAGGCUCACAGGCGUGGCUAUCUGGUGGCCGAUCACUCCGGCAGCACUGAUACCGAAUGGUGGAACUCGGUGCGUGGUCAAGCGGCGUAUGUCGACUUUACAAAGGCGGAAGUUCGCGAAUGGUUCUCAAAACGAUUGCAAGCCAUUCUGGACGAGUCUGGCAUUGACAGCUUCAAGUUUGACGCCGGUGAAAGCAGCUGGACCCCACCGGAUCCGGUACUGAAUGGGCCGGCUGGUCGUCGGCCAAGCCAGAUCAUCGGUGACUAUCUGCGCACGGUAGCGCAGUUUGGCGAUUUGGUCGAGGUACGGUCCGCUCUCGGGACACAGGAUCUGCCCGUGUUUGUACGCAUGAUCGACAAAGAUUCUAACUGGGGCUGGAACAAUGGAUUGCCGACACUCAUCACCACACUGCUGCAGCUGAACAUGGUCGGCUAUCCGCUCGUACUGCCCGAUAUGGUCGGUGGCAAUGGGUACGACGAUAGUCCACCGUCGAAGGAAAUGUUCAUCCGCUGGUUGCAGGCGAACGUGUUCAUGCCGAGCAUACAGUACUCGUUUGUGCCGUGGGAUUUCGACAGCGAAACGGUCACCAUUGCCCUUGCCAUGACCGAGCUGCAUCGUAAGAUGUCACCGGCCAUCAUGGAGCGCUUUGCACUGGCCGUCUCGGAUGGAUUACCGGUCAAUCCACCGCUCUGGUGGAUCGAUCCGAGUGACGUUACUGCUCAACAGAUUUACGAUCAAUAUCUGCUCGGCGAUGACAUCAUCGCUGCACCGGUUAUUGUGGAGAAUGCGCGCGCUCGCGACAUCUACCUGCCACGUGGUUCCUGGACCGAUGGUAACACCGGUGAACAGCACACCGGACCGAAAUGGUUGCGAAACUAUUCGGUUCCCUUGUCGAUGGUGCCAUACUUCAUGCGGAAGGUUUCUUAG